AUGGUCAGGCCGAAUCUAGUGCCUGAAUUGGGAAAUAUUCCUUGUGGAGCAUGUCCACCUGUUAACCCUCCAGUCAAUCCUCCCAAUGAACUUGUUGCUCAGAACGUGGAAGUUUCACCUGCAUCUAUACCUGAGGCCCUUCCAGCUCAUGCACCUGUACCUUCCCCUAUUAUGACUGCUAAUGAGGUGGCUACCAUCAUAGCCAAUAUGAUGCAAGUCAUGCAACAACAACAACAAAUCCUGUUGCAAAACCAGCAACAACAGCAAGAGUUGCUAGCCCACGCACAUGCCGCACCGGGGACUUCUCCUGUAUCUAACUCACCACCUGUACUUGAUAAGUCUGUGGAAAACGGACAAGGAGUUGAGGGCGUAACACAGCAUGGGUCUAGGAAGAGACCUAUGAACUCACAAAAAUCUAGAGAACCUCAAAAGGCGCCCAGAGGACCCUAUCCUGAUUCGAUUCCAGCAUACUCUAACGAAAAGGAUGAAAACCGAUCUAGCCAAUCUGCACAGUUCACUGCUGCUCCUCGACCGUCUGAUGCAAUGAAUCGUUGCUUCUUUUGCAAUCGAUCGGGGCAUAUGGCCAGGGAUUUCUGGUAUCGGGGAGCCAAAUUCGUGCCAUAUUUGAAUGUCAUCUACCCGGAACAGCCACAAUAG